CUGGAAACCACAGUGGGAGGGAAGAGGAGGGGCGGGGAGAGAUGGGGAGAGGAGAGGAGAAGAGAGAGGAGGGGAGAGGAGAAGAGGAGAGCGCCAUGAGGCCGCGGAGUCGAGUCAGGAUGGCCAAAUGCCAGAUGCUGGUCACCAGCUUCUUUGUCUUGCUGCUGGGCCUCGCGGUGGCCUCCAUGGCGGCUCUCACCUACUUCGGGGCCCACUUUGCUGUCCUCGGCCACGCAUCCUCAGAGAGGACCUCCUACAAGGCCAUGCACCGCUGGGCCUUCUACGUGGGCAUCAGCCUGGCCGGGCUCCUGACCCUGGGGGCCGUGCUGACUGCCACAGCCACUGUGCGGGAGGCCGGGGGCCUCAUGGCGGUGGGCUUCCUGUGCUUUGCUCUGGUGUUCUGUGCCCUGGUGCAGGUGGCCUUCUGGAGCUUCUGCAAGCCCACCCAGGUGGAGGAUGCAGUGUUGGAUACCUACGAUCUGGUGUAUGACCAGGCAGUAAAGAGCUCGUCCAGCAUCUGGCGGCAGGAGCUGGCGGCCAUCCAGGACACGUUCCUGUGCUGUGGGAAGAGCUCUCCUUUCAGCCUCCUGGGGAGCUCGGAGGCUGACCUGUGUCGGGGAGCAGAGGCUGAGAGACAGGACUGCCUGCAGGGGAUCAGGAGCUUUCUGAGGACUCAUCGAAACAUCACCUUCACCCUGACUGCCAUUGGCCUCGCCUCCACGGUGUAUGGGAUGCUGCUCAGCUCCUUCCUCUGGUUCACCAUCCGCGCCGGCUGCAGCUUGGACCGCAAAGGCAGAUACACCCUGAGCCCAGGAGCCCGUGGCUGCCAGCCCCAGGAGCCCAGCUUCUUCAGAUGCUCCCAGUGGGGGCCUGCACCUCAACACUCGUCUAAAGCAGAUGCUCUCAGUGGCCGUCUGGGUCCAAGGGGACACUCGGAUGGCCCUCGGCUGCUCCAGGGCGACUGACACUGUUUCAACCGCCUUUCCUGUCACCCGUCCACCCACAGAGGCGAAGGCGCUCCGGCCUGGGCCCACACAAUCCCGACAGGAGGCUGUGAGCCAAUUCCUCCACCCCGUGGUGGGAUGGGGAAGGAUGGAGACCCAAGGAGCAGGCUCCGUUUAAGCAGACGGAGGGGUGGGGUCGCUCUCAGACACCGCAGGACAGGCUGGGUGGGAGUCAAGACAGAGAAGCCAGAGGGCAGGCUUGACCAGGCUCUCCCUUUAAGGCCAGAGCCAGGGUGGGCCAGGCUGGGCUCCCCGCUGCAGCCUCUGGAAGGAUCCGCUUCCGGGCUUGGUCCGGCUGUUGGCGGAAUUCAGUCCCUCAUGUCCAGGUGAGUGGCGGCUUGUUGAGGCCUCCUCUCUCGUGCUGAGCAUCUCUCUGCCUUCCCCGUUCCUCCUGGCUGAAGACAGCACCCAGGUUUCAAAGGUUCAUGGGGCCGGAUGAGGUCCGCCCCGGUGACUGCCCCAUCUUAAGGGGGGAGCACUACCACAUUCCCAGUGACACUGUGUCCACAGGUUCCAGGGACUAAGGCAGGAUGUCAGGGGAGGGGUGCUUUAGAAAUUCAGCCUGCCACGGCCACUCCCACUGGACAUUGAAACCACCUCUUCCGUGAAUUCUCUCUAACUGUCCCCAAGGGUUUGUGUCCUUUGCUCAGAAUCCAAAGUCCUGGGUGGCCACACCAAAUUGGCCCAGGGAGGCCGGGGCCCCAGCAGAACGGACAAAGGAGAUGGGAAUGUCGGGGUCCUUUUGGCUUCCACACAUGGAGGUCGGGCCUGCCCCUACCCAGACCAAUGGUGGGGGGUGGUCCUCCAAAACGAGAAGACUCACUCUGUGAUGGGCAGCCAAAAAGUGACCGAUAGCCACUACCGUCCCCUCCUGGGUUUCCAGUCACACACACACCUCUUCCCACACUCCCACUUCCAAAAACCAGAACGCUGCCACCGAAUAUCGAGCCAACAGCACUCCUGCGACUGAAAUCCUGUCCCCAAGGGAAGACGCCCCAGCGUCCCAUGGGUCCUGCAUUCGGGGACAGUCCAGGGUCUCUGGGGACGUGCAUUCCUCCUCUGGGUCUGUCCUUCUCCUCUCACUAUUCUACAACUUACAAAAUAAAUUUUAAAGAAAGAGCCA